AUGAAUUUCUCAGAGUCUGACAGUCGCCUUGGAGUUGACCAAGACAGCUUUGUGGAGGCGAUGGCCAAGAAUUCGCCCCUUGGAAAGGAUAUCCAGAAGAUUCUAGAUCUUGUUUCGAAAAAGAUAGACCCUUUCAAGCCAAAUAAGAGCGCAAUGAAGGAAAUCACAAAGCAAUUCACUAAGGUUGUUUUCGAGAAAGUGUGCACUCGUACAGAAAUAGACGUUCUGGGAUAUUUGAUAUUACAAAAUGUCAAAUCAGAUGUGUUAAUCGGAGGCCCAGUUGUAAAACUUAUAGACAGUAUUUACCAGACUGAGAUGCGAGUAUUCACAAAUCCCAUCUCAGGAGGAAAGAUGGCUCAGCUGCGAAUUACCCACGCCAUUGUAAACAAAACCGAACAGGACUUUCACUCUACAUUGGACUUAUACCAGAGCAAACUGAAUUCGUAUGCCCGUUUGUCGACGAAGGAUUACUCUUCACACUCCCGGUCGUCUCAGAUCCGCUUGGAGACCUCAAUGGAAAGGAUCGCUGAACAAAUAGCUGCAUUAACGACGAAAAUCAAACACUUGGGUAUCUUUAUUGCCCGGAUGUACGCGAAGGGACUGGUGUUAGCAGACAGUAUAAUGGAAGUCAUAGAGUGCCUGCUAGACGACCCAAUGGACUAUCUUAUCAAGACUGUUGCCAGUAUGCUCAUCAGUGUAGGGGGAAAGCUGGAGCAAGACGAGUUCAUAGACACGAUCGACGUGGCUUGUGCCAAAAUUGACAGAACUUUGAUGUCCGAUGACUCGUUGUCAGAAGCAAGCAGAAAGUUCUUGAAAAGUUUAAUGAUGUUAGGCGAUGACGCUAUCGCCAUCGUCGGCGUCGGCUGCCGCUUUCCCGGAGCAGACGACAUUGAUGAAUUCUGGAAAGUUCUUGAAAAUGGAGAGAACCAUGUGAUUGAUAUACCUAAAGAAAGAUGGAAUAAUGACGCUUUCUUCUCCUCUGACCCAGAUGCCCCUGGCAAAACUUACGUCACUCGGGCUGGUUUUGUUAAAGGGAGUCACAUAGAGUGGGAUAACCGGUUGUAUGGGGUCAACGACCUGGAGGCGGCGAGGAUGGACCCCCAGCAGCGAUUUGUGCUGGACUGUUGUUACAUGGCGCUGGAGAACGCUGGGAUACCGACCCCGGAUAUACAGGGAAGCCGGACUGGGGUGUAUGUUGGUGUCAUGAAUAACGACUUUGCGGACAUGUUUGAGACGGACGUGUCCUCCAUGAACAACUACAGCCUAACCGGAGCUUCAAACAGCAUUACUGCCGCCAGGGUGUCCUACGUGUUCAACCUCCUCGGUCCCUGUAUGUCCGUGGAUACCGCGUGCUCGUCGGCCAUGGUGGCCACGCAUCUUGGCUGCCAGGCGCUGAAGAACGGUGAGUGCAACAUGGCGCUCUGUGGCGGUGUGAACGCUAUCAUGAUGCCCACGAUGCACGUGCCUCUCAGUAAAGCCCGGAUGGUGUCGCCAACAGGACAGUCCCAAGCAUUCUCCUCCGCGGCGGAUGGAUACGCACGUGGUGAGGGGUGUGGAAUUGUGGUGCUGAAAAGGCUUAAAGACGCGUUAAAAGAUGGAGACAGAAUAUGGGCCAUCAUUGGUACAGGCGUCAACCAAGAUGGCCGCACGGCUCAUCCUAUCACGGCUCCGUCAGGCUCUCAACAAGCUGCACUGCUCAAGGAAGUGUUUUUAAGGUACCACGUCAACUCAGAUGAUAUCCAGUAUGUGGAGGCUCAUGGGACAGGGACCCAAGCUGGCGACCCCGUGGAGUGCAACGCCAUUGGCAGCUUUCUGGACAGAAAGGCGAGGGUAGCACCCGAGUGUUACAUUGGCUCAGUGAAAACCAACAUCGGCCAUCUUGAAUCGGCGGCAGGUGUAGCGGGUCUCAUUAAAGUGCUCCUCAUGAUGAAACACGAGAAGAUCGUCCCUUCCUUGCACUUCAAGGGCCGGCCGGCCAACCCGAAGAUUAAUUUUCACGAGCUCAGACUGCGAGUGCCUACAGAGGUUAUGAACUGGACACCGCCCGAGGGUAAGCCCCGUCUUGCCUGUGUCAACUCAUUUAGUUUUGGAGGAACCAAUGCACACGCCGUGGUCAUGCAGUUUGAUAGAGAAGCCAUCCAAAAACCAGUUAUGAGUAUUGAACAAGAAGAAACUGACAGUGAGAUGACCGAAAACGCCACACAAGUGAGAAAUUGUCAUGAGAUGUGUCAGGAUUUGGGCAGUGAGAAUGUGUCCAUUGAUAUGACAGUAGAGGCCACAGAGGCAUUUGAAAAAUCCCCAGAAAUCAUCGCAAUUUCAGCUCAAAAUCAGUGGUCCCUUGAACAGAUUACUAAAAACCUCAUGGAAAAGGUUUCAAAUAAGGAAUACAGUUUGAGAGAUAUUGCGCGCACAUCAACUUGUAGGAGAACUCAUUACAAUUACCGACUUGCAACCACAGCGACAUCUAUCGAGGAAUGCGUUCGCAAACUGGAAUCGGAUGCAUCCAAUUUGCCAGAACAGCCAGUAGUGGGUCUGGCGCCCAAAAACGUCAUUUUUGUCUUCUGUGGCAUGGGAAUGGAGUGGCAAGGCAUGUGUAGGGGUUUGAUAAGGGAAGAAGGCGUCUUCAGAGAUAAAGUCCAGGAAAUUGACAAUCUACUGCAGCCCCUGACCGACUGGUCAAUACUAGAGAAAUUUAAAGAGAUUCAAGACUUGUCGUCUGCUGACGUGGCCCCGCUUGCCAUUUUCACUUGCCAGGUGGCCCUGGCAGCGCUGUGGCGUCAUUGGGGUAUAACGCCGUCUUCAGUUCUUGGGCAGUCUGUGGGAGAGGUGGCAGCCGCCCACGUGGCCGGUGCUCUCUCCCUCCCAGAUGCUGUUACAACCAUCUAUUUUCGCACCAAGUUUCUGUCAGAAGUCAAAGGGGGAAGGAUGUGUAUUGUGAUGAAUUACAAAACGGCCUGGUUGGAGAAAGUCCUUACAGAAAAAUACUCGGGUAGACUCAACAUCGCAGUAUUUAACAGCCCGACAUCGUGCGUUGUCUCAGGGGACGCAGACGCCAUAGAAGAUCUGAAAGUGACCCUUCGGGACACGAUCCGUUUUAAUGCUGUGUAUGUCCAAGACCUGCCAACUGAGUGCGCCUACCACAGUCACCAUAUGCAAGAUAUCAAGUCUAAAGUAGAAGCUGCUUUAUCGGAAUUAAAAGGCAAAACGCCAGACGUGCCUAUAUUCUCCACAGUGACCGGAGAGUUGGCGUCAGACCAAGAUUUUGUCACAGCCGAGUACUGGGGAAGAAACGUGCGUCAGCCAGUGCAGUUCAAAAAAGCUGUAGACGCUGCUAUUACGGACGAUCAUGACAACAUCGUUAUUGAAAUAGGACCACACCCAGUGCUGCGCGCUCACAUGCGAGACAGAAGCGACGUACCCGUGAUACCGUCUAUGAAAAAAGGUAGCGAGCUGAGCUGCCUAAGUGAAGCAGUGGCAAAAAUCUACACAUUGGGACUCAAUCCACUUUGGAAAAACGUCGUUUCCAUGAAAAACGUUGUUAUAGUUGAUGCUCCAAAGUAUCAAUUCAAAAGGAUUUGGAACUAUUUUGAACCAGAGUCCUCUAAACUCAAACGCGCUGGAAUUGACAGUGAUUCCCAUUCUGCCCAUCCCUUUGUAAAGAGGUUGCCAAGUGCCGGCAUUAAAUAUGCCGCAGUCAUUGACAAUAAUUUGACACCGUUCAUAUAUGACCAUUAUAUGGGAGGAAAGGUGGUCGCACCGGGCGCCUUCUAUGCAGAAAUUGCGUUGACGGCUGCAGUUGCCUCGACCAAAAAACCCGUGCAAAACUUCUUGGUUCACGUUGACUUUGUUCGUCCUGUGAUCUUGUCUCCCGGGAAGGGUGCUAAACUGGAAGUUGAUUUCGGCUCUGCAGACGACCUAGGUCAGGAGCACUGCUCAAAUGAUUUCACCAUCAAAUCAGACAAAAGAGUUCACGCCCGAGGUAGCGUCAUUUACACGGAGGACAUCCACAGCGUCAAGGCAGUGGAUAUAGAAGAAAUAAAGAGCAGAUGUACGGAGCACCUUACAGAAGAGGUCAUAUACGGGGCACUGGAAAAGCUAGGCUUCAUGUACGGGCCAAGUAUGAAAGUCAUCACUGGAGCAUCUAGAAACAAGGUCGAGUGUCUCUCCUCGAUUGAGCUCCCAGACGUUGUGUGCCAACAGAUGUACAGUACCACCAUCCAUCCCGCCAUUCUCGAUGGUCUUUUUCAGAACCCAGGAAUAUUUUACGUAGGUAACGAGGCGACGGACCCGUCUAUUCCCGUGGGUAUUGGUAGUUUGACCGUCAGGCGCCCGCCUCAGAGGAAGCUGUACGCUUAUUGCAGACUGAUGCAUGAUAAACCACACGAGAUAGCUCACUUCAACGCCAUGUUGUUGACGCAAGAUGGAGAGGUGGUAGUGGAGACCCAUAACUACGUCACAAAGUUCAUUUCAGAGAGCAAGCGGGUUGAGGAAGCUUUUGUUUAUCAGCUUCAGUGGAAUAAGAUGCCUGCGGCUUCUGCAGUAGCGCCAUCUGGUGACGCGGAUCUGGGACUACGGGGUGACUCUUGGUUAGUACUUACCGAUCCCUGCAAAGUCGCAGAACAUAUUGCAGAGAGACUAGAAGGUCCAAUAUGUCGCAUUCCUCGUAGUGCCUUCAAAGGCAAGGUGCGCGAUGAAAACGGACUGCAAGAUCUCCUAAGUAAUACAUUCAGUGAGUUAGCACGAUUACGUGGAGUGGUCUUUGCCUGGGGAAUAGCGGACGUAGGAAUCUUCCCAACAGCUGAAGAAGUCAACGACGCUUGUCAAAAAGCAUGUUCUGGAUUUAGGCAGCUCAUCAAAUUGCUUCACGGAGCCGGUUGCAAAGUGCCCAUUGUGGUUCUAACCAGAAAUUGCCAGUGUGUAAGCCAAUCAUCCAAUGCCACGUUGAGUCCAGUCGGAUCUCAGAUGUGGGGGAUGGUGCGGAGUCUCCUCAGAGAGUAUACGUAUGACGCAGUCAGUCUUGUCGACGUGCAAGAAGGCAGAGAGAGUCUGGUAGCGGUAUCCAAUGCCUUGAAGAACAUAGAAGCAUUUGUCAAGCAGUUUCCCGAAACUGUGGUCGCAGCAGGAUCUUUCUACCUCAAUGAAAUCAUGCCAGUGACUGAAAACCUCAAUUACAUUCAAUACAGGGAAAAUAUAUCCGAGGAAGAUAGUAAAGUGAAGCUCGUGUCUUGCCACAGUAGGAAACUAAAAGAUGUCCACCUGCAAUAUCAAAGUGACUCCAGUGAUCUCAACGCAGGGAAAGGGCACCUGUUGGUAUCGACCAAUCUUGUAUAUCUCCAUCAGCCGUUGCUGUUCCCAGUAACCGUUUCCGACUUAAAGUCAAGUUACUCCUACUGGCCAACUGCUGAGGCACCGGGGCAUGAUGUCCUCACUUUAAGCGUGGAGGGACAGGUUUUAAAAACUGGCCCCAAAUCCAGUUUCCGAGUAGGAGAGACGGUGCUGACAUGUUAUCCCACAAAAGCAGCGUCCAUACUUAAGGUUCCAGAGGACUGCGUGUUCCGCACUAAAGAUCUUCCGCAAUUUGCCAAGACAUCGCUUGCUCAGCUUAUCUUAGUCAGGAAAGUUCUCGAUUUGGUUUCUGCAAAACUUGGGACGAUUGGUAUUGUCCACACACAUGAAACUUCUGCUUUGAGCAAGCUGUUUAAAACAUUCGCAGGCUACAAGAACCUGGCGGCUGAGAUCAUCCCCAGAAAGGAUCUUCAAAACCGCGAGAAACUGGAACAUAGAACCCUUGUCCUUCUGGAAGAGCUGAGAUUACUGGAUGUGAAAUGUCUGGCUGGUUCCUGGCAGAAUCCCCAGUCCCUGAUUGUGGUGGAGGAAUGGGUCUCUGGUCCUAUCAUUAAUGCACUUGCAGGUCACCUACCGAAUACCCAGAUACACACCUGUCUCCUCCGUGACACGUUCAACCCACCGAGCCUUCGGGCUACCAUCCCGCCACUCCGACGCUGGUUCAAGAAACUAAAAUCAAAGCCCCAGCUUAACCUAAAUAUCACGGUGAAUGAAAUGAAGCUUGAAGCUGUAGAUCUACACAAGCGCAUAGAUUUCGGCAGCACCAUGCUGGCAAGAAUUGAAAACCAACACGACCACAGCCCUGAUGACGUUGUGGAUAUUGUGCGUUUCCACAAGAAAGCAAUGUCCAGAGUUGUGUAUGCCGGCCCUAAUGAUUUAUUCAGACGGGACGCAAGCUACCUCAUUAUCGGUGGUCUAACUGGCCUUGGGUGGGAAAUCAGCAAAUAUGUGGCAGCGAACGGAGCAGGUUAUAUCGUGUCUAUGUCACGUCGGGCCCCGAACAGUGAACAAAUUGCCAGCAUAAAGCGUCUGGAAAACGAGCACCGCGUGCGGUUCAUUUGCGUUCAGGCUGACGUCAUGGAUUUCUCCUCUUUGAAGAAAGCUUUCGGAUCAUUGGAUCAGACGUUGCCCGGCGUUCCCCUUAAAGGUAUAUUCCACGGGGCGGCUGUUCUAGAAAAUGGCAUCUUGUUGAAUCUUGAUCAAGAAAAGUUUGAGAAAGCAACUAACCCCAAGAUCAUUGGCACAUGGAAUCUUCACCUUAUUUCGAGAGAGUACAGUCUCGACUAUUUUGUCAUGCAUUCUUCCGUGACGUCACUGAUGGGAAAUGGAGGUCAAACAAAUUACGGAGCCGGCAACUCGUUUAUGGACGCCCUUGCUUUCUACAGACGACAGCAGAAUAUGGUAGCGCAAGUUAUAAACUGGGGCGCUCUAGAGAUUGGUCUUCUGAAAGGCGACGAGGCUGCAGAGAGAAUUCUUAAGGUAAUGGGACACGCUUCUCUUACGGUACCUGAGAUUGUGAAGUGUCUCCACCACGCGCUAUUGAAGAACGAGACUCAAGUUCUCUAUGGCAAUUUCGACUGGAAUAAGAUGGUGCAGGAGUUACAGAGAGCAGAAAACUCCCCAAUUCGAGCUCGGUACACCACCAUAAUGCAGCUGCACAGCGGCGCGGCUUCCACUGAAAACAAGGUACAAUCAGACCAGGGUCAGUGCACCGUGACGUUAGGAGAACUGAAGUCGCUGAGUGCGGAGCAGCGCUACCUAAAACUGGUCGAAUACUCCUGCAGUGUUGUUGCCUCUCUGUUUGGCAUGGACGUUUUAGCCGUCCACGCCGAUGCCUCGAUCUCAGACAUGGGGAUUGAUUCCAUGAUUGCCAUGUCUCUGAUCAACAGGGUGAACCAGGAGCUGAAGGUCACAAUACCAGUUGUGGUGUUACUAAGUGAGGAUGUCACCGCGGCCGCACUUGCUAGUUUCAUAGACGAGAGACUUCCUGGCGAUUUUGCUAAACAGGAAACCAAGCCCAAGCCACAGGGAACGAAAGAAGCACCUGCUCAUUUACCAAUUUCCGUGUCUGCCAAUUCCUCACCCACAGGGCCUCUGCUGACACCAUCAUUCAUGCAGUACUCCUCGUACAAAAGAAACCGGGCAAAUCCAUCCGAUCUCAGCGCCCACGUGGUCAUGACACUGGUACUCCCAGAAAACCCUGGAACAUCCGGGUUCUGGCAAGAAGUUUUGAAUGAAGUUGCACGCCGCAACCCAAUGCUAAGAGCAGUCUUUGUUCCCAGGACUCCUGGUACGGGCGAUGGAAUAGACGAGGUAAAAAUAUCUUUCCUGCCUGAGGAUGCUCCUGUGGAUUUCCUCACACUAGAGGGGUCUGAAACUAAAGUGACACCCUCGCUGAAUUCAUUCACUCGCUCGCCAUUCGAUCUCAUCAGAGAGGCUCCAUGGCGAGUCGCCUUCGUUCUUACCGAACCGAGAAGCUAUUUGAGGUUUGUUUUUCACCACAGCGCCCUCGAUAUGACUUCAGUGCCCCUCAUAUUUCAGGAUCUUAUGUCUGUUGUAGCAGCCAAAACUAGCGGUAUAUCCAUGAAAGCUUACAAGAAUGCAGAUGUUCCGAAUAUUGCAGAGGAAAUAGGGAAGGUAUUGACAACGACCAAAAUGAAGGAGCUCCAGGAAUUCUGGUCCGGCAUUCUUCCAGAUAAAAUGUCAGACGUACGGUUAUCAAAGGAAUCAACUCCGCUCGAAAAGAUCUCAGGCGAGUAUUCUACGCUUGAACGGCCUUUGUCAGUAGAAAUUGUGAAAAAACUCAGCGAAUUUUGCAAAAGAGAGAAAGUCACCGUUUUUCAGGUUUUAGCUAGUGUGCAUCAAUUGGUUCUUCACAAGUUAUGCAGUGCAGAUACCGUCGUUGUCUCAAACCCAGUUGAUCUGCGCAUGCACGUCCCCGGCCUCUUGCGCACUGUCACCGACUGCGUCAAUUUCAUUCCAUUGCCCGCUUCCUUCCCCGAUGAUGCGCAUGAAACCAUCACCAGCUACAUAAGUAGAAAUGCCAAAAGCAUCCUACAGUGCAUCCAGAACAGCCUGUACCCAUUUGAAAAUAUCAGAAAUUUGGUUGCGCCAGAAGACCGCCCUUACUUGACUCGCCAUGAAAUCAUCCUCGAAGCGUCGUCCUUCAAGGAGGAUUUGUUUGAGAAGUACUCUGACAAGAGUGAGAGCCGGGAAAAGCAAGCUUAUAUGAAAGAUGCGCGCACACUUAUUCUUACGCACGAGACGAGGCUUCGGAUUCUUUAUGAUAAGAAAAGGGAAAAGAUAGACCUAGCUCUGGACUACUCUAGCGACCUCCUUAGUGAAAAAGAAGCCAGAGUAAUUGUUUCGAACUUUGAAUAUUUGCUGUCUUUGGUCACAAGUGACCCACAAAGAACUAUUGCCUUAUGUAAUGUGGAGAUUCUGUCCCAGAGUUCGGCUACAGCUAACGCAUCCAACGGCAAUGGUAUCCACCAGUAUAGUAACGCGACACAUGCUCCGCCUGACAUAUCAGAAAUAUUACGUACAGGGAUGUUUUUCACUAAGGUGAAUCCUAAAGGUAUACGACACAAACGCUUCGUCCGAGUGAUCUCUUCACAAAAUGGCGGCUGGCCACAACUGGUGUGGUCAGAAAAGGCAGACGACACCGGCAUUUCUAAAGAAUCCAAAUCAAUUGCAAUAAAUCUCAUUGAAAAAGUCGGAUUUUCUCAGUCAAAAGGCUGGUCCAGUCUACAUAUCGAAGGGAAGGAUCGCGAGUACGUGUUCCGAGCCAAGGACUAUCACGCCGCAGAAACCUGGGCGAAUGAGCUGCGGAAAAUUGUGUUAUUGACUUUACAUUAAAACUUUGUAUGAUAAUGCAGCGACACUUUCUCAACCACUGGAUCUGAAAAAUGUAUCCAGCGAAAAACGCGACAUUUUUGUGAACUUUACUUAAACAUUAUUUAUAUUCAUUAGAAUGUAUAAUAUUCUUGAUUAAAAGUUAGGGAUUACUAUAAAUAAAUGAUAUUUAAAUUUGACAUGUCUAUAAAUUUAACAAUAUCUACAUACUUACUUUAUUAACAUUAUUUAUUAAGCAUACAAUUGUGGUGACUGUAAAUAUUUGGUAGUUCAUUAAGCUAGAAUUUUUAAUUAAAACUAUUAUUUGGUUCAUGCAUGUUACGAUUAAUGCUGGCAAUUGAUUAAUGAAAAAAGUAAAGUGUACUUUUUGGAAACAGAACUAAAAAAAUUAACUGUCCUGUUUUUAAAGUGAUAUACUAAACACAAAAUUUCUGAAAUGUAACACUGGACAGUGCAGUUAGCAACUACAUGUAAUUCUCCGAGCAUUUGUCGAAUUGUCAG